CUAACAAAUGAUUUUGAUCCCUAGACCAGAAGUGGGGGAUUUCCAAGGACGCUUUCUGGGCCAAGUCCUCCUUUCUCAUUUAUCCUGCUCAGACCACCCAGGGGAGCCACCUCUCCGCCUCAACAUCAACACUGAGGUCUUCCCAUCCUUGGCACCUUCACCCAUCAGGGCUCGGGGAGAGAGAAGGGCAGCCACCAGGGCUAUCUGUCGUGACAGGGCUUCAGGUUAGACUUGAAUUUCUUGCAUCCAGGCUAAUUGGUGUGGUGAUGCAUCCAUCCACCUAUAAAAAUUAUAGAGUGGCUCCCUCAGAGGCCGUGUGUGUUGCCAGGCGUGGAAGGGAGGAGAGCUCUGCUCCGCAGGCUCCGCAGACUGCCAGCUCGGGGUCAGAGGAGCAGCCUCUCCUGCCGCCUCCUGGGCCGGAUCCUUCUUGGCCAUCACCUCCUCCUUGCCCCAUGGCGGCUCUCACGGACCUCUCCUUUAUGUACCGCUGGUUCAAGAACUGCAACCUUGUCCGCAACCUCUCAGACAAGUAUGUCUUCAUCACAGGCUGUGACUCGGGCUUCGGGAACCAACUGGCCAAGCAGUUGGUUGAUCGAGGCAUGCGGGUGCUGGCUGCAUGUCUCACUGAGGAGGGAGCCCAGAAGCUUCGACAAGACACCUCCUACCGGCUGCAGACCAUCCUCUUGGAUGUCACCAAGAGUGAGAGUGUUCAGGAGGCGGCCCAGUGGGUGAGGGACCAAGUGGGCGAGCAAGGCCUCUGGGCCCUGGUGAACAAUGCUGGUGUGGGCCUGCCCAGUGGCCCCAAUGAAUGGCUGACGAAAAAGGACUUUGUGAAGGUGAUCAAUGUGAACCUGGUGGGACUGAUUGACGUGACCCUCCACAUGCUGCCCAUGGUCAAGAAGGCCCGGGGCAGGGUUGUCAACAUGUCCAGCUCUGGUGGUCGUAUAGCUGUUAUUGGCGGUGGCUACUGUGUCUCCAAGUUUGGUGUUGAGGCCUUCUCUGACAGCAUCAGGCGUGAGCUCUACUACUUUGGGGUGAAAGUCAGCAUCAUUGAGCCGGGGAACUAUCGGACAUCCAUUCUGGGCCAGCAAAACAUGAAGCUGCACUUGCAGAAGCUGUGGGAUCGGCUGCCUCAGGAGACCCGGGAUAGCUACGGAGAGGAGUACUUCCAAAUCUGGCUGCUAUGAGGAUGAAUAUCUGUGAAAUGUCCCGCACACACUAAAUGCCUGUGACAUGAAUACAGAGGAAAAGGAGCACACGAGUAUUUAAGGCAGCUCUCUUCCUCUCUGAGCUAAGGGUCUCCUGUGAACCUCAGGAGAGUAGAGGAGGGUCAUUAUCAUUGUUUUCUAUACCGUCCCCAAACUUUGUGCAUUUCUUCCAGAUUGAGGAAUGAAUGGAGCUCCAGCCAUUGGGGCUCAAGAGGAGGGGGUGGCCUGGGGGUGCAGUGGAGGAGGAAUUGACCAAACGACCUUCUAGGGCACCUCAUGGUAGGAGAGAGAAGUCCCAAUGUUCUCUCAGGUCAUCUCAUCUCAAAGCUGAGGUUUGAUUGCAGGAGAGGAUGAUCCAGAAGACUUCCUACUUCUCUCCAUUCCUUGGGCUCCAAACACCUCGGAGCCACCUCUGGAGCUGCCGUUGUGAGGGGCAGACUCUGGCCUGCCAACAGAAAUUGGCUCUGGCACAAGCAGCUGCCACCUCCUUGGCAGGCACUGCUCUGUGACCUAGUUGCCAGCCAAGAAGGUGGGGCUGGCGCUUGGCUGGUUCAGGAGGUUCUCUUGGGCCCCGAGUGAAGCAGCCAGGCUCAGCCCCGUUCCCACUCCCUUUGGACCUCAGCAGUGUAGUUAUGCAUUCCCCUAGCCCGGCUUCCCCCUCUCUCUACUUGCCUUCCGUGGACAACCUCUGAAAGACAAUUUACUAUGGUGGCUAAGCUAAGGCUCUGGAACUGGGCUGCCUGAGUGCAAAUUUCAGCUCUGAGGAAAUUUGUCUUGGGCAAGUUACUCAGUUUUCUCAUCUGUAAUGAGUUAUGAGAAUUCAAUGAGUUAAUAUAUAGGGUGUCCCCAAAAAUGUACACACACACACACACAUUGAAUACUUAUAAAGGCAGUAUUUAUUAAAAUACAUUUCAUUUUAAAAAUUGAGUUAUCUGCUGUUAAAGUGUGUAUACAUUUUGGGAGGGUUGACAUCCUAUAUAUAAGAUGUUUAGAUUGCCUGACCCCUGAUAGGAACAGUUUGAUUUAAAAGUGGUUUUUACCCUCCCUUAGACUGUGUAUAGCCUCCUUCUCGACCAGCUCCAUUACACUGAUACCUACAAGCUAUACGUUCUGUAUGGCAAAGAGAGAGUCUUAGUUAGUAAUUGUCCAAAAUCCAAAGUGAUGCAUUUUUUAAAUAUACCCAGAAAGUCUGAAUGGGUUCUGUGUAACCACUCAAUCAAAUGCAUGGCAGGUAUCUAACGGCCUGGCAUGGUCUCCUGAGCAGCAUACACAAACAGAGUAAAGAGCCAAGUUGCCAAAACCACAAGAACCAUUUGUCCCCUUAUUGCACAUUUGAUUGAGAGCCCACCCCAUGCCAGGCACCCUGUGAGGCCGGGACUGGGAGCAGAUCAAGCAGCAGGGCUCUAUUCUGCCUCAGCGCAGGCAGAAAUCGUGGUCUUUUUCGGGCCUUAAAAGCAUAUGCAGAAAGACAAACUUCCUCUGAAAACCACUUGUCAAAAAACUGCUAUCAUUCCUCUGGAGACGGUAUGGAUUCAGAGGUUAGAUUGUUCAGCUGUCCUUCCAACUACGUUACACAACUGUCUAAACUUCAGUUUCUUCAUUAUAAAAUACAAUCAUUCCUCUCUCCUGGAUUGUCUGGAGAAUUAAACAUUAGCCGUCAUUGUUAGUACUGAGGGGAGUUGGA